GGGAGGAGGGAGCGGCAGAGACGCCCCCCGCCCAGCGGCUGUUCCUGGCUGCGGCUCGGUAUCGGGCGGGGCGGGGAGCGGAGCGUGGCAGUUGAACCAUCCGCGGUGAAUGAGCGACGCCGGCUGGGGGGUGGGGAAGGCUGACAGCGAUCCCCUCGCACCCCGGGGGACCUGACGGGGCCGGCGGGCGGCGCCGAGCGGAGAAGACGGCUCCCCAGCGCUCUCGGUCCGUCACCACGCCUAAGCCGCGCAGCUACCGCCUCAGCCCCACUGGAGCCUGGGGGGCCGGCAGCGGCCCGGCCCCUCGGCAUGUCCGCCGCCGCCCGAGUGUCUGUAGCGCCCCCGGAGCAGCAGGUUGGGGGGACCGAGACUGGCGGGGGCUCGGGACAGACUCGCUCCCAGGAGCUGGAGGAGCCGGGACAGGAACUGCCGGAGCCCAGCCAGGUGGUGCCGCGGGUGGAUGAAGCCGGGGAGAGCAGCGGUAGCCGAGAGGCGGAUCCCCCAGGACAGGACGAGAAACGGCGGCAGCGGCAGGUGGUCGAGGCCCCCCUGCCGAAGGAAAACCCCUGGACCCGGAGAAAACCUACCCCCGACAGCCCGUCCCCGGCAGCAGCGGACACCCAGCUCGUCCUGCAGGACUCAGAACGGCCAAAUUCCACUAAAGUUAUAAAAGCAGGGAAACCGAAGACCAGGAAACCCAGCAAGGCUAGUGACUUCAAUGAUAUCACAAAUUGGCCGACACCAAGUGAAAUAGCAAACAAUGAAUGCAAAACCAUAAAUCAUCAGAAUAAAAAGCCACUAAAUAAAAAAGAAAAGGAGGAGAAAACUGAAAAGAGAGCAAGCAGUGAAAUUGAGAACCUGCAAGCAAAGCCUGAUGGUCCUGGAGAAAAUGUCAGUGAAGACGAGGCUCAAUGUAACAAUCAAAGGAAAAAAGGUAACAAGCAGAAGUGGGUACCACUUCAUUUAGAUGAUGUAAGACCAGAUAGCCAAGAAGGAACAGGCUCUCGAAAUAGUUCAAGAUCUCAGCCAGAAACAAGCAAAUUAGUGCCAUACAACAACAGACGAAAUGAGUCAAGAACUUGGCGCCGUGACAGAGAGAAAAGAGAUGACCAUGAUGAAGUUUCCAGUGUCAGAAGUGAAGGUGGCAGCAUUCGAGGAUUCUUUAGAGGCAGAGGAAGAGGGCGUGGCAGAGGAAGAGGGCGUGGCAGAGGAAACCCUCGAAUGAACUGUGAGUAUUCGUAUGGUUACCAAGAACUAUAUGGUGAAAGGACCAAUCAGCCAUUUCAACCAGAGCUUAAUGCUAGUAUGAUGUAUUACUAUGACGAUGGAACAGGAGUACAAAUGUAUUCUGUGGAUGAAACACUGCUCAAAGAAUACAUUAAACGUCAAAUUGAGUAUUAUUUCAGCAUAGAAAAUUUGGAAAGAGACUUUUUUCUGAGGAGAAAGAUGGACAAACAAGGAUUCUUGCCAAUUUCUUUAAUUGCCAGCUUCCAUCGUGUGCAAGCUCUGACUACAAAUGUUAACCUAAUUUUAGAGGCUGUAAAGGACAGUACAGAGGUGGAAAUAGUGGAUCAGAAGAUGAGAAAAAGGGUAGACCCAGAAAAAUGGCCAAUUCCUGGUCCACCUUCACGGAAUCAGCCACAAACUGACUUCUCUCAGCUCAUCAACUGCCCAGAAUUUAUACCAGGCAAAGCUUUUGGUUCACAUACUGAGUCUGCACCAAGUUCUCCAAGAAUGGGAAGCCCAAAGAAAAGCACUGAAACAAGUAACCUUCAAACAAUGUCUAAAGGAUUGUCUACAAGCUUGCCAGAUCUGGAUUCUGAGCCUUGGAUAGAAGUGAAAAAGAGGCAUCGUCCAUCCCCAGUCAAAUUAAAGGAAUCUGUGCAUACACUAGAGCACACACCAAGUCAGCAACAGCAGGCCCCACCUUCACAGGAACAAGAACAAGAAGAGCUUGAUUUUUUGUUUGAUGAGGAGAUGGAACAAAUAGCAGGUCGCAAAAAUACAUUUACUGAUUGGUCAGACAAUGAUUCAGAUUAUGAAAUUGAUGACCAUGAUGUAAACAAAAUUUUGAUUGUAACACAGACACCACCUUCUAUGAGAAAACAUCCUGGUGGAGAUCGCACUGGCAACCAUGUGUCUCGUGCAAAAAUUACAUCUGAACUGGCUAAAGCUAUUAAUGAUGGUUUAUACUAUUAUGAACAGGAUUUGUGGAUGGAGCAGGGUGAAAAUGAUUCUACAGCCAUAAAGCAAGAGGUUGAAAACUUUAAGAAACUAAAUCUCAUCAGUAAAGAAGAGUUUGACAGUCUUACACCUGAGCCAAACCAGGAAGUUCUUCCAUGGCCUCCAAGGUCACAACAAGAUUUAACAGAUGAGCUAGCUUGUAAAUUGUUUGGUGUUGUAGAAGUACCUCCAACAACAAUGGGUCGUUCACUGCCAACAGCAGUCCCAGAAUCUCCAAGAGUUCAUCCUGCCAGAACACCCAAAACACCUCGUACCCCAAGGUUACAAGAUCCCAACAAAACACCAAGAUUCUACCCUGUUGUUAAAGAAACAAGAUCCAUUGAUGUAAAGAUUCCAAGAAAAAGAAAAACACGACAUAGUACAAACCCUCCGCUAGAAUGCCAUGUUGGUUGGGUAAUGGAUUCCAGAGAUCACAGGCCAAGAACAUCAUCUGUGAGCAGUUCAAAUGCUUCGCCUUCAGAAGGUGCUCCAAAAGCAGGAAGUUAUGGGUGUACCCCUCACUCACUUCCCAAGUUCCAGCAUCCUUCUCAUGAACUUUUAAAGGAAAAUGGCUUUACACAACAAGUGUACCACAAAUAUCGUCGAAGGUGCCUAGUUGAGAGAAAACGGUUGGGAAUUGGCCAAUCCCAGGAAAUGAACACACUCUUUCGUUUCUGGUCCUUUUUUCUCAGAGAUCACUUCAACAAGAAAAUGUACGAGGAAUUCAGACAACUUGCUCUAGAUGAUGCAAAAGAACACUACAGGUAUGGAUUGGAAUGCUUGUUUAGAUUUUACAGCUAUGGUUUGGAAAAAAAAUUCAGACAAGAGAUCUUCAAGGAUUUCCAAGAAGAAACAAAAAAAGACUAUGAAUCUGGUCAGCUUUAUGGAUUAGAAAAGUUUUGGGCUUAUCUGAAAUACUCUCAAUCAAAAACUCUACCCAUUGACCCCAAACUGCAGGAAUACCUUUGUAACUUUAAGAGACUGGAGGACUUCAGAGUUGAUCCUCCUCUUAGUGAAAUAUCUGGGCGAAAAAGACCUUCAGCUUCAGUAGGUGAGGAGAGUGGUUAUCAUAGACAUCAGCCUACAUCCUCUUCUAAGACUCUAAUUGCUGCUGAAACCACAGCUGACAAUCAGUUUCAGAUCCCAGUAAACUUUCACGAUGGGAAUACUGCGCAGGAAUCAAUUGACAAGUUAGGCCAGAACAGCGUUGCCACAAAAUCAACUGAAGGAUCUCCAUAGUUAGUGUUUUGUUAGGUGUGGAGUUUUCUAAGUGGACAUCAGCUGAUUUAGUUUUAAGGAAGUGUUCAACACUUGUUUUUAUAUGAAUGUGAGCAAAAGUAAAGUAGAAGGGUAAAGUGGGUAUGUUGAUAUAUAUACUGUCCUAAAUUCACUAAAUAUCUGCAGUUUUUGCAGGUUCAUAAAAUAGCAAAUAACAUUCAAAUCAUCCUCAGUUUCAUAGAGGUUCUUGUUUUUUCAUUUCUCUCUAUUUCAUGGUUAUAAAGUGUGCUACAAGAGGUAUAGCAGAUCGAUUUUUUUAAGAUUUUAUUUGAAUUUCAACUCAAAUAUUUAGUUUUACUUUUGAGACAAAUUUAAAAAUUAAAGCAGUCAUUCUAAAUUUGUUUUUAUAUUUUAGAAUGUAUGUGAAUGAAGUUAUAAUUUAAAAUUCUGCUAGGUAUAAGACUAAAUGAGAUUUCAACAAACCAGUCAAGACAUUAGUUUCAUUAAAUGUUAACAGUUCAAAUAAACAUUCAUUUCUAGUGUUGGAACAUGAGUAAAAUCACGAGUUUUAUCACCCGUAAUUACUUAUUAACUUCAUUUAUUUUGAUUUAGAAGAUUUAGUAUAACUGAGGAAAUGACUUCUUUCUAAGGUAGGUGGGAAGAUAGGAAUGAGUUCAUUUUUGCUUUACUUGUUAACUGCCAAACAGCCUUCAGUUAACUUUAUAACUAGAAGUAAUGUCUAACAUUGAUGCCUUAAUACUGGGAGGUGUCCUAAACGACUCAACAUCCAAAGAAUGAUUUUUAAACUUGUAGUGGAUUUUAGAAGUUGAUGUAACUUCAAGUCCAUUAAAAUUUUCAGUCAUGUUACCUUGUGAAUCUGAAUAGAACAAUUAUGAACACACAUGCACUUGUAAAUGAGUAUAUAGCAGUGGCCUUCCUAGUAGUUAAAGUAAUUUCAAUACACAAUUGAACCUUUUAGAAGUAACCUAUUUUCAAAGGAAAAUAGGAACUAGCAUAAUAGGAAUUGAUGCAAAUGAACAUUUUAAAUAGCAUCUUUUCAAUGUACUAGUUAUACAUCUCAGAGCUGUUUGAUCCAUGCCUCUUUCUAUCCAUGAAAAUGAUGCAAAUGUAAAUUUGGAUUGAAACUGUAUAUAUAAGUAAUAGACUUUGAAUAUUUACUUUCACUUUUUCAUUGAAUGAAAUGUGUGCAUAUUUAGCAUUCAGUGUGUGUAAUUUGUGGUAUAUCUUUGCAAAUUUUAUAAAAAUAUCAAAAAAC